CCAAUAGUAAAAUAAAGUCUCUCAAGCAAACACAAAUGGGUCGGGUGAUUGUUGCCUCCUUUGUCGCUUGCGUCCUUCUGAAAGGAAUGCCAAGUUGGUAUAGAACUGGGAACCUGGCUUUUGGAUAAUGGAAUCUGCAGGCCAUUAGGGAGACCGUGUCCGAUUAAUUAUUCAACAAACUAAGCCAUCCCCGGCAUGUACCCCACUGCUAGUGCUAGAGUAGCCUUUAUAAGUUGAAGGAUUGAUGAUUCACUUUGCAAGCUGCAAGGAACAAGAAUACAACACCAGCAUCGAUCAGGUAGCAGGAGCAAUGACAGGGUUUCCCUCUCCAUGCGGCGCUUGCAAGUUCCUUCGGAGGAAGUGCGUGAGUGGGUGUGUCUUCGCCCCACACUUCUGCCAUGAGCAAGGGGCUGCACAUUUUGGCGCCAUCCAUAAGGUCUUUGGUGCAAGCAAUGUCUCAAAGCUCCUCACGGGCCUCCCGUCAAUAGACCGCCGCGAGGCUGCAGCCACCAUCUCCUACGAGGCACAGGCCAGGCUACAUGAUCCUGUAUAUGGUUGCGUCGCGCACAUAUUUGCUCUGCAGCAGCAGGCUGUGAAUCUGCAAGCACAGUUGGAGUCACUAAAGGCUCAGGCACCACAAGGGUACACAAAUACUUGUUCCGUAUCAAGCCCUGAAGAAGACAGUAUUAAGGCCAAGGUUAUGGCUUACCAGAAAGGGGAAGCUAGGAUGCCACGGCCAGCAGAAUUAUGCCCCGCUGUAAAGAGUGAGAGCGAGAGCUACUUCGGAAAUGACCUUAUGACCUGUACUUCCAUGCAAUCUUCUCAGGAUUACAACAUUUCACAUGUAUACACGCCUGACUAUACAUGCCCGUUUAAUGAUGAGGGUAUCCACAGUAGCACCAUGCUUCCCGUUGAUAUCCAGGAAUAUCUGCAGGAGAAUGGGAAUUAUGGCACUGAGGACCUCUAGUCAGUUGCCUUUGCAUAUAUCAACUAGGUGUCACAUCAUGUGUUUGGUAACUGCAAAACUACCAGCAGUCCUCUUUUGGUAAUAUACAGUUGGUCAGAUUAUAAGCCAUGGAUAACCAUUGUAGAAUGUUCCAUGAGCAGCCUGUACUAAAAUUCUGAAUCAAG